CUAGAUUCGAAGCCGCGGCCGGGAGCUUCCAGCUUGACGAGGCAGGCUGUUUGCUUCCUUGCUUAAGUGUUCUUCAGAUAACAGUUGAUAAUCGCCAGGAUGGGAGUGAAUGACUUGUGGCAAAUUUUGGAGCCUAUAAAGCAGCAUAUCCACUUGCAGGAUCUCAGUGGGAAAACCAUUGCCGUUGAUUUGAGUCUCUGGGUAUGCGAGGCACAGACAGUGAAGAAAAUGAUUGGAACGGUCACCAAGCCGCACCUCAGGAACCUAUUUUUUCGUAUUUCACAUUUAACUCAAAUGAAUGUAAAACUGGUAUUUGUCAUGGAAGGGGAGCCACCAAAGCUGAAAGCUGAUGUCAUGAGCAAAAGGACUGAGACUCGUUAUGGGCCUUCUGGAAAAGCAAGGUCUCAGAAAACAGGAAGAUCACAUUUUAAGUCAGUCUUACGAGAGUGCCUUGAAAUGCUAGAGUGCCUAGGAAUGCCCUGGGUCCAGGCUGCGGGGGAAGCUGAGGCCAUGUGUGCUUACCUUAACGCCAGUGGCCAUGUGGAUGGCUGCCUCACCAAUGAUGGCGAUGCUUUCCUUUAUGGAGCCCAGACUGUUUACAGGAAUUUCACUAUGAACACAAAGGAUCCACAUGUUGACUGUUACACGGUAUCAUCUAUCAAGAGUAAGCUAGGCUUGGACCGCGAUGCUCUGGUUGGACUGGCGGUACUUCUUGGUUGUGAUUACCUUCCAAAGGGAGUACCUGGAGUUGGAAAAGAGCAAGCAUUAAAACUUUUGCAGAUUUUGAAAGGUCAAAGUUUGCUUCAGAGGUUUAACCAGUGGGUUGAAGAACCUUACUAUUCUAAUCCACAACCAGCAGCUAAAAAAGUGGUUCACUGUUCUGUGUGCUCCCAUCCAGGUUCGCCUAAGGAUCAUGAACGUAAUGGAUGCACAUUAUGUAAAAGUGAUAGAUACUGUGAACCACAUGAUCAUGAAUACCGCUGUCCUUGUGAAUGGCACCAGACAGACCAUAAUAGGCAACUAAAUGAAAUAGAAAACAAUAUUAAAAAGAAAGCUUGCAGUUGCGAAGGAUUUCCAUUUCAUGAGGUCAUCCAAGAAUUCCUUUUGAAUAAGAAUAAAAUGUUGAAACCAAUCAGGUAUCAAAGACCUGAUUUACUAUUGUUUCAGAGAUUUACUGUUCAAAAAAUGGAGUGGCCUAGUCACUAUGCAUGUGAGAAAUUGUUGGUGCUUUUGACCCGCUAUGACAUGAUAGAAAGAAAACUUGGCAGAAGGAACUCUAACCAACUACAACCGAUUAGAAUUGUUAAGCCCCGAAUCAGAAAUGGAGUUCGCUGUCUUGAAAUACAAUGGGAAAAACCUGAACACUAUGCAGUGGAAGAUACAGAAUCUGGAGAACUGGAUCUCCUUACAGUUGAAGAAGCAACACUGUUUGAAGAAGCCUAUCCUGAGGUUGUUGCCAUCUACCAGAAACAACAGUCAGAAACUAAAGGAAAGAAACAGAAAAAUAUGAAAAUUAAGCCUAAAGGAAGCCAUUUACCAGAAUCAGAGGAUAUAAUCAGUUCUGAGUCACUUAUGACUUUAAAACCUACAUCUAAUGUCGUUCCAAAGCAAAAUCCCAAAGCUAAUUUGGAAAUUUCUCCAGAUCCUGUUUUAGCACAGAAAUCUACUUCUCCCUCAUUGAAUAGUUUUGUUUUCUCUGAAAAUGCUCAUUGUUUGCAUUUGCAAGAACAGUUCAUGCCUUCUCUAAAACCCUCAACUACAAAGCAAACUAAAGAUGUCAGUAAUUUUCUAGUUUCAGAUAGUCAGCCCAGCUCUUCUUCCCAUAAUAUUUCUGCAAUUGCUGAUCUACAGUUGAGUAUCAUUGACUGGGCAGGUACUACUUUUAGUAACUCUCCAGCUGUUCAAAGAAACACUUUCUCUCAAGAUUUACAAUCAGAACCUGAAUCAUCAGCCAUCCUUCCUGGCUUUGAACAACUAUCAUAUGACCCAGAACAGUGUACUGUAAACAGUGAAGUGUUGUGUAAAGAUCUUCAAAAGAUUAGUCCUGAAGAACAUCUCCCAUCUGGCAUCUCCAGUUUACAUCUUCACGAUUUGCCUCUAAAGGAACGAAUACAUAUAAAAUUCUCAUGCCCUCAGUAUAAUGUAGGAGCAGAUGCUGACCUGGAAAGUUUGCCCCUAAAGGUGAAAAGCUCUUGUAUUGGUGACAGUAGCUCUGGUGAUUCAUCACAUUUCUCAAAGGAACUUACAGGAGUGUAUCUUCAAGAAAACCGCACGAUGACUACUUCCUUACCUCAUUCUUUCAAUGAUGAAGCAGUAAAGACUUCCAGUCUUAAAGUUGGGAUGCCAACUGCUGCAAAAGUUGUUGAGAAAACUACUAAGAACCUUGUCGUGAAGAAUAGUGUUUGCCAUGAGAGAGACUCCUCAGAUGAAGAAAGUGUUCCAAUGUCCUGGAAAGCUAAGAACAUUGCUCCAAAAAUGAGACAUAGCCUAGUCCAUGUCAGAGACAGUACUCACAACAAACACAGAAAUCCUAAAGAAUCUAAAGAAACCAAACUCUGCACCACAUCUUAUAAAACAGCUGAAGAUGAAGAAAACACGUUCUCAGAUCCAGCAAGAAGUCCUCAGAGUUUCCAAUACCAUCAUAAAAAAGAUGAGGACUCCACUGCCUCCUGGGAUAGUCCUCUCCCUCUGUGCCAGAGGUUAAAACUCAGGUUCCAGAACACUUGAACAUUUGUUGAGCCGAUGAUCGUCUCUACACAGGAAAAAAGAGGUGAAACUGUAGGCAAAAUGAGUACUAUGAGGUGGUUCCGGGUUUGGAAAGUGUUACACAAGAGUGAAUCUCUGAAGAAGGAGGACAUCAAAGAAAUCAGUCACCAACAGUGUGACUCGCAAGAGAAGAGCAACUGCUUUGAGAAAACUACUGAGGCAAAGCUUCCCUGA